GUGGCUGACUCGGUCAAAAAUUGAUAGCUGCGUCCUUCUGAUCAACUUGUGAAGAUUUCUAACAUACUGUGAUUUAGCCUAUAUUUCUUGGCACCAUAUUCUACAAGCGUGGUAUUUUCAUGGGUGACCUCUGAUAAUAGUUACUUGGUCAUUUACCGAGAUUUGUUUUAAUUUGUGACAUUGUGAUUAAUUCGAGUUUGUGAGUGACACCGAUCUUCUUAAAGUGUCAGUAAUCGGAGCAUGAGUUACUAUGACGGCAUGGAAGCAGUGUUUCUGCGACAUGGCUCCUUCACACCUACAUUUGCACGAGAGCGAUCUGCUCGCUCAACAAAUUUUAGCGCAAUUCAUUUCAGAAUAUCACAUCUACAAAAAUUCAUCGGACAGUUACAAGUGUGGUUGGUCCUCAUCUUGCUCGUCUCUCCGACGUUCACGAAGCCAAUCAAGCCCAUCAGUCUUUACAUCCCGCGGCCUCGUCCCACUUCAUAUCCGACCAAAGACCCUACGAAAGAACAGCCGUCAUCUUCUAAGUCUUCAAGUUCAAAUAGCAUCUUGCAUCAGCUGAUGCCCGAGCCACAAUUUCCUGCCUUGGAGUACCAUAAUCUCCAUUAUCGAAGUGUGGAGCCUUCUUUGUCACCGCGAGGCAUAGAGAGUAACUUUCUCGUCAAGCCAUUUAAGCUGCCUGUAAUUGUAAGCACAACUAGUAGCAAUAUUAAUGAUAACGAUAAUAGUAAGGUACAGUUAAUAGACGAGUCAUCUCAGCAGAAUAGCAUAGAAAAUAUUUUAUUUAGCGAUUUAAGUAGUCAAUCUUCUGCGAGCAAGGACGACAGCAGUUCAGUCCGCUCAUUGAACAAACUAAGUGACAACGUACCGAGUGCGCCAACAAGCAAGUUCAGAGAAAGCUCUCCGCAUUCUCUUGAGGAUUCCAACAAUAUUUUAUAUAAUAAAAAUAUUAAGCCAACUCUAGUUACUAGGGCAUUCCUGAUCCCAUCUAGUAAAAAAGACACCUCGUCUAAUUUGAGAUCGUUCCAUCAACCUUCUCCGUCUCCUUCGUCUUCAACGAAAGAUUCGUCGACUACUUUAGUGGAGGCGCUAACUAGAGAAGAAGACCAGUUUAAAUCUUUAUUGGACUCCUUUCUGGGUGUUAGUAGCAACACUAUUGAUAUUGAAGGUAGCGCAAGUCCAUCGUUUAGAAGAACUGUUACCCAAGUCGUGAGUCGAGUUCCAAGACACACCGAACCCGCCACUCGUCUCGAAGAUCCAACCUUAGGAGCCGACACGAGAACCGCCUUGAAGCCUGCGCGCUCCAGCAGAAUGGAUUCUCCCGACAACGUCGCGAGGAACGGCCGGGUUAGCAGCAGCAGCAGCAGUGGGAGUAGUGGAGGUAGAACGGCUCAUUGGUCAUCCCCUUGCAGGAUUGUUACCGAAGUCAACCCAAACUCUUCGCCUGCUUAUUUCAGCGAGAACAUUUAUCAUAGCAUCAACGUGGCGCACAAGCACGCGCAUCGCUUCAAGGAGACUUUCGCAAGUCAGCUGUGGCUUGGGCUCAGCUGGGAGGAGGCGCUGAGUAGUGUUCGCGACGAACCAUACGAGUUCCUGAACCGCCUCUCGCACCCUUCAGAGGACGAGCUACAAGCCCUCGAAUUCAAAUCUGCUCUUGCGAUCGCCUACGAGUCGAUGCAGCGUCGAGCAGUUGCCAUCGAACAGGUCACUCUUGACCAAGCCCUGUAUCGGGACCUCAAUGAUACGGACUUCCUGAGUGAAUUCCGGAGCAUCGAAGGGGAGAUUGUGAGCAUUUUGUGCGAGCUCCACUACGCCAUGAAGCAGCUCCAGGUGGCACCGGCUCAGGAGAUCACGGCUGAAAUUAUGGACGAGAAGUACAGGGAUUUAGAUGUCAGUUCCGACAGACUGGAACGAGAUACGAUCAUUUUACGGGAGUACAUCAGUGGACUCGAUUACCUUGUCCGUGUGUUCGACCAUUUCCGUAGCCAGAGCUCGUGAGCGGCCUAUACCGCGUCACGCCUCCUACCUCUGCGGCAGUACUUAACAUUCCUAGAUGUGCAUUUGCUAUUGUCGUUUUUUCUGCGUAGGCCAAAGCUAGUAAAGACUACAAUUAGCGCCUAAGUGAUAUGUUCCCUCUGUUCUUGCCGUGAGUCCGUUUAUGCGAUUGUGGAGGUUAUUACCCACCUCUUGUUCCCCACCUUGCAUGGCUAUGUUGUUGGAAAAUUUCCAACAUUCUCACUGGUUUCACCAAUGUUACGCUAGCAUAUCAAUCUUUUUGUUAUGUAAUCUCAUAAUCAUUAAGUAGCUUUCCUAGAGGAUCUGAAUUCCUUCGGAGUAUUAGACGUACAAAUAAUCUUACAGAUUAUUCAAUCGUCAUUGUUCGUUUGUAUAUUUAUUUCAUACAAAUAUUAGUGCAGUUAUGCCCGAUUUUGUCCUCAGAAUAACUUUUCGUGGGCUAUCAAACACAAGUAUGGAAUGAUUUAUCCGAUGCUAUUUAUUUAUCACGUAUGCCUGUUGCGUAAUUGUAUCUGGUGUACAAGGUUGUGUUUCCGUCAGGCAUGGUACUUAAUGGUAAUGAAGGAUCUCAUCUCCUGGCUUUAGUUGAUUAUGAGGUUCAGAUGUUCACGGUUGUGCUUACUGCAGUUGUUACAUGUAACUGUCGUCAAGUUUAUCAGGAACCUCGCGGUUAUCAAGCUCUCUUGUAAAAAAUUUUCAAUGAUACUAUCGCUGCCUUUGACUUUUGAUGUCAUAGCCUUAUUUUAUUCUACUCAUCGACGUGCAUUUAGCCUGAGCUUUAAUGUUAACAGUGCUACUGCUAUUUUUCUAUGAUGGGUGAAGAGAGUUGUGAGUUUUAUGGAUUUAACAGUAAACCGCUUACCCCUUAGCCUUCACUACGUAAACUUGAGUGUUUCAAAGUUUUACAUGUUCUGAAUCUGUAUAAAAAUCUUGAAUGGUUUAUGUGUCAAUCACAUGCUUGUUGACAACAAUUUUGUCGUCUAAAGUUUAUACGUAGUUUUUGAA